AUGAUCGAGGCGAUGAGAGGGACGGAAAAAAGAGAAAAAAAGAAAAGCGAUGAGAGGAAAGGAAAAGAGAGAAGAAAGAGAGGCGGUGAGAGGGGAGGGAAAGAGAUGAGCGAGGUGGUGAGAGGGAAGGGAAAGAGAGAAAAGAGAGGCGUUGAGAGGGGGAGGGAAAGAGAGAAGAAAGAGAGGCGGAGAGGGAAAAGAGAGGCGGUGAGAGGGGAGAGAAAGAGGGAAGAAAGAGAGGUGGUGGCAGGAGAGGGAAAGAGGGAAAAGAGAGGCGGUGAGAGGGGAGGGAAAGAGAGAAAAAAAGAGGCGGUGAGAGGGGAGGGAAGGAGAGAAAAAAGAGAGGCGGUGAGAGGGGAGGGAAAGAGGGAAGAAAAAGAGGCGUUGAGAGGGGAGGGAAAGAGAGAAGAAGGAGAGGCGUUGAGAGGGGAGGGAAAGAGAGAAGAAGGAGAGGCGGUGAGAGGGAAGGAAAAAAGACAAAAAAGAAAGGCAAUGGGAGGGAAGGGUAAGAGAGAAGAAAGAGAGGCGGUGAGAGGGGAGGGAAAGAGAUGA